AGUAAGGGUACGUAGACGACGGUUACGUAAAUAUCACUUCCAUUUUAGGAAUGGGACACACCAUCUUUACUCCGAUUUCUUUUCCAUCUCUUUUGCAUUCUGUUGAGCGUGUCGGUAAUCCCUAAUGGAGCCAAUCUCAACACCACACAAUCUUAGGACAAGCAGAGACAAAGACAAAGACAACUCGCCCAGUGGAAACGAAAAAGCGAACCAUGGCGGCGACGAGAAGGGCGUCAAGACGUCACGGACGACGCGUUAUAAAGACAAGUUCACUGCUCUCCGGGACAAAUACGAACAUAUCAUAAUGCAACAACAAAAUUAUCAUCGGGACCUGGAAAAUGCUAAUGCCAAGAUGAAGAAGAUGCAAGAGGAAAUAGACUUACUUCUUGAGGCUUUGAUGCCCACAACGCCUCCGGCACCUUCAACCUCUUACUUCGAUAGACCUACCGAGCAUCACGGUCGGUUGCAUGACAUGAACUCAGAAACGCAAAUGGAAAGUCCCAGCCAAGUCGUUCCACGAGAGCAUCCUGCGAUUCGAGAUAAUUUGCGUCCCACGCGUCCUCAGGCUAAUGGAAAUACCAACGGAAAUAUGACGAAUGGUGCUCAACGUUACUCGGCUGAGCCAGAACUAGAACCCACUACUUUAUAUCCUCGCGAGAGUAAUGGACGUAUCCCUAUCUUAUGAUCGCAGGCUUCACUUACCUAGUCCAAUUCAAGCCUUAUCUUCAUGGUCAAUUAUUCCAAUUUUCGCAAUCGCCGUUCGUUAUCUGUAUGAUCCACAGUACUGGGAUCUGAUGUCCCUCGAUAAACGUAAUCUAAUGAACAACCUAUACUCUACAAGGCAUCAAUUCCAUUCCCGUCGUGAAAACUUGGUUGCCAUUUUUUUCGUCUUCCUGUGAGCAAUUACAUUGUCAACACCCAUCACAAAAGCACUCGAAUCAACAAAAUGGGUCCUUCGUCGUCAAGUCUAUAUGUCGAUUCUC